CCUGAUUUGUAAUCUGCAUUCUGCUGCUCUCGCCUGUCAACGCAUCCAGGAAGAACAAUCGAUUAUCACAGCGGCACAGCCUGCGCAGGAACUCAGACAUUAUCAGAGCAGAGAUGUUCCGCAACCAGUACGACAACGACGUGACAGUAUGGAGUCCACAGGGUCGCAUCCAUCAGAUUGAAUAUGCCAUGGAGGCAGUGAAGCAAGGCUCUGCAACUGUAGGACUGAAAUCCAGAACACAUGCUGUCCUCGUUGCACUGAAGAGAGCCCAGUCUGAACUGGCUGCCCACCAGAAGAAGAUCCUACAUGUUGACAACCACAUUGGCAUCUCCAUCGCUGGACUGACUGCUGAUGCUAGGCUGCUCUGUAACUUUAUGCGUCAGGAGUGUUUGGACUCGAGGUUCGUCUUUGACAGACCCCUUCCAAUUUCACGUCUUGUCUCACUUGUUGGCAGCAAAACCCAAAUUCCCACGCAGCGGUAUGGAAGGAGGCCCUAUGGUGUCGGACUCCUCAUCGCCGGCUAUGAUGACAUGGGGCCUCACAUCUUUCAGACCUGCCCAUCAGCAAACUAUUUUGACUGCAAAGCCAUGUCGAUCGGAGCGCGUUCCCAGUCUGCACGUACCUACCUGGAGAGGUGCAUGGACAAGUUCCAGGACUGUUCUCUGAAUGAACUGGUUCAGCAUGGCCUCCGUGCUCUCAGGGAAACGCUCCCCACCGAGCAGGACCUCACCACCAAGAAUGUUUCCAUCGGCAUCUUGGGGAAGGAAAUGGAGUUCACCAUUUAUGACGACGACGACGUUGCUCCAUUCCUGGAGGGGUUGGAGGAGAGGCCGCAGAGAAAGGUUGCCCAGCCUGCAGCAGCAGCGGAACCUGCUGCUGGAGAAGGACCCGAUGAGCCCAUGGAGCACUGAGAGAGCAAACCUUACGCAGAUCUGCUCUGCAGGUUCCAGACCAACCUGACUUAAUGCAAAUCAACAGAGGAAACCUGUAGAGAAGGCUGUCGUGAUGUGCCACAUUCAAAUUAGUCUUUGCCUACAUCAACCCAUGAAAUGUUUCUUUUGUAUGGGGAAAAUAUACCAUUAUAGUAAUAAACAUACAUUUUUUGAGUUGUG